CUCCUCCAACUGUAACUCACAACACAAUAAUUGAAGCUGAAUAUUUACAGCAUUCAUUUCCCUUAUAGACUCGAAUAACCAACGUAAUUUCCACCUACCUGGGAGCCCUCCACCUCUCAAAAAUGGCACCAACAACCAUCCCCGCUCGCCACGGCAUCGCCACUCCCCUCCUCGCAGGCCAAACCAUCAAAGUAAUCAACACCUCCGGCACCCAAGUUGUUGACACCUGGGCAUUCCUCCUUUCCUCUUUCCCUCCCUCUUCAAGCUCUCACAUCAUCUCCCAAAUGUCUAUGCAGCACACCCGUGCGUCUCUCAACAAGAUCAUCCCGAAAGUGGGGGAUGGUCUGUACAGUAAUGAGAGGGUCAAGAUGUUGACGGUGGUGGAGGAUACGACGCCUGGGACUCACGAUACGCUUAUUGCGGCGUGUGAUAGGCAGAGGUAUGAGGAGUUGGGUGGUGGGAGUGAGCAUAGGAAUUGUGCGGAUAAUUUGGUGGAGGGGUUGGGUGCGCUUGGUCUCAAAGCACCACAAUUCACACCCUCCCCCUUUAACCUCUUCAUGAACAUCCCCGUCCACGAUGAUCUCCUGACCAUUUCGUUCGAGCCACCAACUAGCAAGGAAGGGCAGUAUAUCUGCCUAAAGGCGGAGAUGGAUAUGGUUGUUGCGUUUAGUGCUUGUCCACAGGAUAUCUUAAGUAUCAACUGUGGGAAGCCGGUGGAUGCACACUUUGAGAUCUUUUGAAUAGGUUGUUAUAGUCGAAGCAGAAGGACAGGCCGAGUGGAGAUCCAUUAGGCUAGUAGCUUUUAGUAAAAUCUUUAUAAAGUGAAUAGUAAUCAACCAGAUACUAGAAGAAAUUCAAUCCUAUUUUAUGUUUUAGAGCCUGGAGAGAAUUCAAUGAACAGA